AUGAAUAUGCCAGUCUCGGCACAAACUCAUCUCUCCUUGUUCCAGGAUCUCAAGGACGCAACGCGCAAGUGCAUCGUCACGGACAAUUACUACAUCCCCGAGCAGACGCUCCUAGAGAUCGUAACGCUGCCCAGAGUCAAGUCUGACCUUCGGUCGACCUGGAGCUGGCUGCGCUUGCUGUUCUUCAACCGUGGCGUCGAGUCCAAACUCCUACAGGCCAAAAAGCUGAUUGCUGUGCUCGCCAUCAUUGGCCAACUCAAUGAGAGGUCUCUUAAGGCUCUCAUUACGAAUUCCCUCACAGAUGAUGACCUCCCCCUCGCCAAAAAGCCUGCUUUGCAAACCCGCCACGGAAAGCCUGUCAUGUUCCCAGACUGGGAAGAAGCUGUCAUAACUUUAUUCCAAGAAAAGCAGUGGAUAGUCCUGGCGUCCAUCUUGAACCUCAAAGAGGGCUAUUCCAUUGAUAUCAAGAUGGAUGAUAAAUGCGCACUCGAGUUGUCCAACUGUGAGAACAGGGGAAACACAGAAUUCAGUCGGGUAUUCUCUGCUGAGAUUCUCUCACAGGAGGAGGGAGUGAAGCCACGCCGCGUUGCGGUCAAACAUUUCCCUGAAAAACAUUUCCCUCGGGCCCCCAAAUCUCAGAGUGAUGAGACUUACCAACAAGAGAAAGGAAAUCUGGACAAGAUCAAGCACAUCGAAAAUAACCACCUCAUCAAACAUCUGGCUACUUGUGAAGGAAUUCAUUGCAUCAUCUUCCCAUGGGCUGAACACGGAGAUCUCAACCAAUUCUGGAAAGACAAGCAUGGCCGAGAACUACCAAUUUUUGUCUGGUCCAUCACACAGUUGGCUGGGCUCGCAUCCGGCUUGAGAGACCUCCACGCCGUGAACUGCCGUCACGGAGACCUCAAGCCAUCCAACAUACUUCAUUUCGAGAACGAUGGGGGUACCCUCAAGAUCGCCGACCUGGGGGUAUCCAGAGUGCACAAAAAGGCAACAGAUCAACGCCAGAAGGAGACAGUCACAACUGCGUCGACCCGAGCUUAUGAAGGCCCAGAAGCCAGUGGUCCGAUCAAUGCACCGAGAUCGCGCAAGUACGACUGCUGGUCGUUGGGGUGCGUCAUCUUGGAAUUCGUAAUCUGGCUACUCUACGAUCAGCGCGCACUUGACGGUUUCCACUCGUCACGGGAUUCACUGUGGCAUAGCUUCUAUCGUUCCAAGAAUCCCGGUCCCGCCUCUGAAGGUCGAAAGACAGAGUGGUGGGAGAAGAUGGAAAGACAUCCGAAGGUCGACGAGGUCAUCAAGCUGCUUCAUGAGGAUGCGCGGGUUACAGGCACCGCGUUGGAGGAGCUCAUCAAUCUUGUUGAUUCAAGACUACUCUUGAUCAAUCCACAGAGUCGUCUCGAAGCUGCCGAGAUUGCCAAAGUGUUGCACGAGCUCGUCCAAAAAUGCAAGGCGGGACAGACCCCAUGGGUCAACGACGUUGAUGCCCCUCCAGAUGUUCCAGCGAUCUUCAGACAAGAAGCGCCAAAGACACCAGGCGUCACCUAUCAGUAA